AUGCAGCCUGUGUUGCAGCCAUUCAAAGCUACCUUGCAGCCUUCUUUGCAGCCUUUCAAAGCUUCCCAACAGCCUCAAACAGCUACCAAUCAGCCUCAAAAAGCUACCCAUCAGCUUCACAAAGCUACACAACAGCCUCAAAAAGCUACACAACAGCCGGUAUCUUCUUUUACAAGUGUCAAACCACAUUUAGAGAAAAGAGCAUUUGUUGCACCUUUGGGAGCAACAAAACAUGUGAUGUCACAAUCUCCUACACCACCAGACACCAUGGCAAUGAAAAAGAGAACCGGGAAGCAAGAAGGUCAGUUGCCUCCAACAUACAUGCAUGUGAGUGAGAAUGCAUUUCAACCUCUGCGAUCUCCUCCAUCCAAUCAGGUUGAGAGUGAAGUUAUGCCAAACUACAACUGGGACGAAUUUGAAGAAUCGGCUUCUGAGAGUGAAAAUGAAUUUGAUCAAGGAGAAGGAAGUGAUACUGCUUCUGAUUUAGCUCCUGUGACAGAUGCUGAUGGAAUACGACAUCUGGUAAAGGGACCAGUUCUGCCUCGAGACGUUUGGCAUGAUGCAAAGGGGUUCAGAUACAUUGUUAAGCUCAAUGAAUUCAACCAACCUAUUCGAAAAGGUGGGAAGAUCCUUGUGAGCUUCCUUGGAGAUAUUGCAAAAAAUGAUUCACUUUGUCCAGUGGGAGUCCCAAGUUGGCGUGCUGUGAACAAUCAGUUAAAAACUAAUGUUGUUACAAUGAUUCGGAAACAUUUUGUGUUACCUGAUGGACCUCUAGUUAACAAGGCACUAGUGAUGCGUAUUGACAAACCAUGGAACAAUCAUCGAUACAAAUUGAAGAGGGAUUUUUUCGAUCCAGUGAAUAAAUCUCGAGAAGAGAACUAUGCCAACGUGCCUGAUGGAGUGUCCACUAGGAGUUGGACGGAAUUGGUAGAUUAUUGGCUUUUACCAGAGGCCAUGGAAAAAUCUGAAAUGGGAAAAAAUGCUCGAGCUUUACAAGGCAAUAAGCACAACAGUGGUGCUACAAGCUUUGCUAAUCGAAGAGUUGAUAUGAAAGAGAAGAAAGGAGUGUUUAGCGAAUUGGCAUUUUUCAAAUCAGUUUACGCCAAAGAAGAUGGAAGCUUUAAAGAGGGCACACUUCCUCAUCAAUUUGUGGAGGAUGCCAACAAAAAGGUCCAAGAAAAUCUUGCGAGUUCCUCUUCUUCAAAGCCCGUAAUUGAAAUUGAGAAUGCAGUCUUUAAUGAGCUCAUGUAUAAAGGUGAAGUACCUAAACGUCCUCUGAAUUAUGGAUUUGGAGUGAAGCAAAGCGACAUCUUUGGAGUGGAAGGUUUGCUGAGGAAAGAAGGGUCAAGCUAUGUUAACAACAAUGCUAUGGAAAUGGAGAACAUGAAAGGUGAAAUAUCAGUUGUCAAGAAGCAAAAUGAGGACCUUGCGCAACAAAAUCAAGUUCUAAACACCAAGUUUGAAGAAACAACACAAUCAUUUAAAAUGAUUGCUUCUUUUUUGGGACAAGUUUUGAAGGAAGUACGCAAAGGGAAUGUUUCAUCGAACCUUUUAGAUGGUGCGGAAUCAGCAAUAAAUAUGAUUACUGAUGAUUCUGGUGGCAAUGGUGACAACCAGGCCGAGAAAUGAGACUUUGACACUAUUGCCAAAUGCAAGAUUAUUGAUGAUUCAAGUGGUAAUAGUAAAUGUAGAUCAAGAGAUGAACAAGUUAUCUUGAAGCUAAGCUAGCAUAACGAUAUGUUUACUUGUUCGUAGUCAGGAAGUUGUUUUUAUUUAGUUUUGGACUAUCUUGUAGAAAAAAUGAUAAUGCUAGUUAGAAAGUUAUUUUUGUUUUAAAAUAUCGCUUUUAUUUCAGUUUGACUAGACUCUGCGAAUUAAUUUAAUGUAUAGAUGAUUUUUAUCACUUUUCCUAAAUUAACUACUUAAGUAUAUAUGAAUCAUAGCAAGUUAAUAUGUUGCUUUAAGAUAUAUAGU